AUGUCUACAACCACGACAAUAAUAGAUGGUAAGAACGGAUCCGUUCCCUCAUCAUCCAUGAAAGUGGGCAAGAAAUCAGUUACGGAAGACCUCGUGACAACGUUCAGCUCACCAGCAGCAUGGCUCCUUGUUAUUGCUCUGAUUGUUACCUGGUCAGCAGUAGCUAUUGUAAUGUUUGACUUGGUGGAUUACAAAGCCUUUGCAGGAAGAUCUGUUAACAAGCUCAGCACAGAACCACUGAGAAUCAUUCAUGAGGCAUUGGAAGAAUCCACUGAUUGGCUUUAUGGCUUUAUUUCUUUACUGUCUGACAUCGUAUGGAGUGAUGAUGAUAACAGUGAUGAAGAAAUUCAUAAAGAGAAACUGGAGAGACAUGAAAAACGAACACCACCAAAGGCAUUUUACACCUCUAUGCUAGCUUUCCAGUUCUGUGCUAAUCAGGGUCAUCUGGAGCGCCUAGAACUGCUUCCCAAGUACUUAAUAAAUCAUCACUUGCGCAAGGGCCAACGGCACCCUGGACUGUACGAGCAGGAGCUCAGCCAGUCAGUGGAGGCAUUUGCAUGUGGUAUUGGAGGGCUAAAAUCCAACACAGGGUUAGGUGCUGCAGUGAGCAGCAUGUGCGUGUCUGGUGCUGGCUGGGAAGAUCCGGGCAAACUCAGAGGCAAGCCUCUUCCCCCAUCACAGCUGGAAAAACUGUUAGUUGUUAUGCGGAGUUCAGAAAAUCCUUCAGAAAUGAACCAAACUACUCACAAAGAGAAACCUGAAAAGCCAGAAAAACAUGAAAAGAAAUCACCUCCUAAAGUAAUUCAAAAAGAGAAACCUGAAAGGCAUGAAAAAGCUGAAAAGAAACCUCCUCCCAAAG